UACUUGGGAGGCUGAAGCAGGAGAAUCACUUGAACCUGGGAGGCAGAGGCUGCAGUGAGCCAAGAUCACAACACUGCACUCCAGCCUGAGUGACAGAGCGAGACUCUGCCUCAACAACAACAACAACAAUAAAAACUUCACAGUUUCUAAAAAGACCACGAAGCCCUGAGAGUAAUGAAAAGGUUCCUGAAAUUGAGGUCACUGUGGAAGAUGGGACCAUCUAGUUGCAGGAAAAGAAGGUCAAGACUCCCACUCAUUCUACAUUAUGCUGGAUCUACCAUGAAAGACUUCAGAGUUCAGGAAGAGAGACUGACUGGGCAACAUCUUAUUCAGGGUCUUGCUCUGUUGUCCAGGCUGGAGUGGGGUAGUGCUAUCACAGCUGACUGCAUCCUCAACCUCUCAGGCUCAAGCAGUCCUCCCACCUCAGCCUCCCAGGUGGCUGAGACUGUACGUGCUUGCCACAAUGCCCAACUAAUAUUUGGACUUUUCCUAUACAUGGGUUCCAAAGGGCUGACUGCGAAACGAAGUGACCUCAUAAUGACUCAAGCUACCACUUAGUGUUGAUUGUGAUGAAAUGCCAGCUGUGGCAUAUGCCUUGGGAGCUAAGUGGCUGCUGCACUUGACCACUAUGAAGACUGGUGUGGAAGGGUCCUUCUGGAUGUACUUGGGCAGGGUCCCCAACGCCGGAGCCAUGGAACUGUAAGGAUCCACACAGCCGGAGGUGAAUGGUGUUGAAUGAGGGAAGCUUCAUCUGUGUUUACAGCCACUCCCCAUUGCUCACAUUCCCGCCUGAGCUCUGCCUUCUCUCAGAUCAGCAGCAGCAUUAGAUUCUCAUAGGAGCAUGCACCCCAUUGUGAACCAUGCAUGUGAGGGAUCUACGUUGUGCUGUCCCUAUGAGAAUCUAAUGCCUGAUGCUCUGUCACUUUCUCCAAUAUUAUCUUCAAGUGAGCCGCUCCUGGCCCAAUUCCUGUCUCCCGUUGGCCUAUAGAGGCCAAGCCUCUGCCUCAUGAUGGCCUCUGCAGGUCGAGCUCCUCCUCCUGGUUCCAUCUACAGGCCCAACACUUUCCUCAAAUAAACUCUUCUGCCCAGCUCCUGUCCAGCUCACGGCAGCCACUGUAGGCAUGAAAAUUCCUCAAUUCAAGCUCUGUAGGCCCACCUUCUGCCUCCCACUGGCCUGGACAUGCCCAGCUCCGACCUGACAAUGGUCUCUACAGGCCCAGCUCAUCGGGCUCUGAGGGACCUCUCCAGGCCAAGCUCUUACCUCACGGAGGCUUCUCCAGGUCGUUUCUCCCUGUCUUUAGGCAGUGGUGACAGGUCAGCUCCUCCUUCACACUGGCCUCGUUUGGGCAGGUCCUGCCUCUUGCAGCCUCUCAAAGCCCAGCUCCUGCCUCUGAGUGGCUUCUGCACACCCAAAUGUCCUCCAGUCAGCCUGUCCUGCUGAGCUCCUGCGUCCUGGCUGAGCUCCUGCCUCCUGUCGGCCUCUAUAAACCCAGCCUCUGCUGUAUGGUGGUCUCUCCAGGCCCAGCUCUUCCUCCUGGCAGUGUAUACAGGUCCAACUCCUGCUUCCCAAUGGACUCUUUAGGCCAGGCUCAUGCCUUACGGCGGCCUUUCCUGGCCCAGCUUUUGCCUGUUGGCAUACCCUCCAGGCCCACAAUGUACUCAGAUCAGCCACUCCAUUCGCAACUCUUCUUCCUGGCUGUGUCUACAGGCCCAACUGCUGCCUCACAACACCCUCUUUUGGCCCAGCUCCUGCCCAGCACCUGGUGGCCUCUAUAUGCCCCAGACUUCUUAAAGUCAACUUUGCUAGGCCCACCUUUGGCCUCCCAGCGGCUUUGACAGGAGCAGCUCUUGCCUCAUGGCAGCUUCCCAACGCCAGGUUUCUGCCUGCAUUGUGGCAUCCUUGAUGGACCCAACUCUUGCUUUAUGCCGGCCUUCCGACACCAAGUUUCUGCCUGCCUCAUGGCAGUAUCCGAUAGGCCCAGCUCCUGCCUCUAAUGGCCUGGUUAGGCUCAUCUCAUCCCUCAAGGUGGCCACCCCAGAUGAAGCUCCUGCCUCUUGGCAGCCUUUAGAGGCCCAGCUCAUGCAUCUUAUUGCCUCUUGAAGCCCAGCUCAUUCCUCAAAACGGCCUAUCCACGCCCAGCUUUUCCCUUUGGUGGCUUCUCCAGGCCCAGAAAUUCCUCAGUUCGGCUUCGCAAGGUGAAGUUGCUGCCUCCCUGUGCCUUCUCCAGGCCCAGUUCUUCCUCCCAGCUGGGUCUACAGUCCCAUCUCCUGACUCAAAACAACCUAUUUUGGCUCGGCUCCUGCCCAGCACCUGGCGGCCUUUGUAGGCCUAAAGCUUCCUCAAGUCAAGCGUUCCAGGCCCAGAUCAUGCUGCCCAGGGGCCUUCACAGGCCCAGCUACUGCCUGACGAUGGCUUCCCCAGGCCCAGGUCUUGCCUUCCCCCAGCCUCCCGAGGCCCAGCCCUUGCCUCACAGUUGCUUUCCCAGUCCACGUUACAGCCUGCUACCCGACGGCCUUGACAGACCAAACUCUUCCUUCACACUGGACAGUUUAGGACAAGCUCAUACGUCUUCCAGCCUCUCCGGGUCAAGCUCCUGCCUCACACUGGCCUCUAUAGGCCCAGGUGCUGAAUCGCAGUGGUCUGUUUAGGUCCAUCUCAUGCCUCUCUCGGACUCUCCAAGCGACGAUCUGGCCUGACACUGGCUUCUGUGGGCCACGUGAUCACUCACACUGGCCUCUUUAGGAUCAGGGGAUGCCUCUCCACAGGCCGAGAUCCUGCCUGUUGUAGGCCCCUUCAGGAUGCGCCGCUGCCUGACAGUGGACCCUCCAGGCCUAGAUGUUACGUGAUCAUGGCCUCUGCAGGUCAAGAAUUUAAAUUUUCGCAGCCUCUAUAGGCCAGGCUACUGCCUCCUGAUAAUGGCUUCUGCAGGCCCAAAUCGUCGUGAAAUAAGCCUUGCCAGGAACAGCGAAUGUGUGUUGGGUACCCGAACAACCAUAGCUUCUCCCCCACAGUGGCCCAUGGGGGCCGGGCUCUUGCCUCAGCCUGGCCACCUCAGGCCCAGUUCUUGCCUGUUGGCGGCCGCUCCAGGCCCGGCUCCUGCCCCUCGGCCUCCUCUCCAGGCCCAGAACUGGUUCCCGUAGGCCUCUCCAGGCCCAGCUCUCCAGGCCAGCUCCACGGGCCCAGCUCCUGCCUCAUGACAACCAUGUUCGACCCAGCUCCUGCCCAGCUCCUGGCAGCCGUUGUAGGCCCCAGGCUUCCCUGCGUUCAGGCCUCCCAGGCCCACCUUCGGCUUCCCGGCGGCCCCGAGAGACCCGGCUCCUGCCUGUCAGCAGCCUCUCCCGGCCCAGCUGCAGCCUCACGUCGGCCUCCCCAGGCCACGUUUCCGCCUGCCUCGUGGCAGACCCGGCAGGCCCGGCUCCCGCCUGACUGGGGCCUCUUGAAGAGGCUCAUCUCGUGCCCGGCCGCGGCCUCCCCAGGCCAGGCUCCUGCCUCCCGGCAGCCUCCGCAGGCCCGGCUCCUGCUUCCCGAUGGCCUAUCUAGACCCGGCUCCUGCCUCGCCGCGGCCCUUGAGGCCCAGCUUUUCCCUUGGGGCGGUCUCUCCAGGCCCAGAACUUCCUCAAGUCGGCCUCCUCCGGCCCAGUGGCUGCCUCCUGGCCUCCUCUCCGGGCCCAGCACUUUCCUCACGGCUGCGCCCUCGGGCCCAGCUCCCGCCUCCAAACAGCCUCCUUCGACUCGGCUCCUGCCCAGCUCCCGGUGGCCUUCGUAGGUCUGAAGCCUCCUCCGGUCCAGCUCUCCAGGCCCACCUCUUGCCUCGCCUCGCCUCGCAGCGGCCUUUCCAGGCCCAGCUCCCGCCUCCCGGCGACCUUACCCGGCCACGCUCGUGCCGGCCUCCCGGCAGCCUCCAUCAGCCCAGCUCUUGCCUCACGCUGGCCCCUCUGGGCCCAGCUCAUGCCUUGCGGUGGCCUCUCCGGGCCCAGCUCCCGCCCAGCCCGACGGUGCCUCCGGGCCCCUAGCUGCCUUCCUUGACGUCUGUCCCUCUCGGCCCAGCUCCUGCCUCCCGCCGAUGGCCUGUGCAGGCCCAAAGCCUCCCGAAGUCGGCCUCGCCAGGCCCGGCUCCUGCCCGGCGUAGGCCCCUAGGGGCGCGGACUCUGCCCCACACUGGCCCCUGCGGGCCCGGCUCUUGCCUCAGCAUGGCCGCCUCAGGCCCAGCUCCUGCCUGUUGGCGGUCUCUCCAGGCCCGGCUCCUGCCCCUGGGCCUCCUCUCCAGGCCCAGAACUGGUUCCAGUUGGCCUCUCCAGGCCCGGCUCUCCCUCCUGGCCGCGUCCACCGGCCCAGCUCCUGCCUCACAACCACGUUCGACCCAGCUCCUGCCCAGCUCCUGGCAGCCAUUGUAGGCCCCAGGCUUCCUUGCGUUUAGGCCUCCCGGGCCCACCUUCGGCUUGCUGGCGGCCCCGAGAGACCCGGCUCCUGCCUGCCAGCGGCCUCUCCCAGCCCAGCUGCGGCCUCACGUCGGCCUCCCCAGGCCACGUUUCCGCUGGACUAGCGGCAGCCCCGGCAGGCCCGGCUCAAGCCUGACGGGGGCAUCUUGAAGAGGCUCAUCUCGUGCCCAGCCGCGGCCUCCCCAGGCCAGGCUCCUGCCUGCCGGCAGCCUCUGCAGGCCCGGCUCCUGCGGCCCGAUGGCCUCUCUAGGCCCCGCUCGUGCCUCGCCGUGGCCUCUUGAGGCCCAGCUUUUCCCUUGUGGCGGCCUCUCCAGGCCCAGAACUUCCUCAAGUCGGCCUCCCCCGGUCCAGUGGCUGCCUCCCGGCCUCCUCUCUGGGCCCAGCUCUUUGCUCGCGGCUGCGCCCGCGGGCCCAGCUCCCGCCUCCAAACAGCCUCCUUCGACUCGGCUCUUGCCCAGCUCCCGGCGGCCUUCGUAGGCCCGAAGCCUCCUCCGGUCCAGCUCUCCAGGCCCACCUCUUGCCUUGCCUCGCCUCGCAGCGACCUUUCCAGGCCCAGCUCCCGCCUCCCGGCGGCCUUCCACGGCCACGCUCGUGCCGGCCUCCCGGCAGCCUCCACCAGCCUGACUCCUGCCUCACGCUGGCCCCUCUGGGCCCAGCUCAUGCCUUGCGGUGGCCUCUCCGGGCCCAGCUCCCGCCCAGCCCGACGGUGCCUCCGGGCCCCUAGCUGCCUUCCUCGAUGUCUGUCCCUCUCGGCCCAGCUCCUGCCUCCCGCCGAUGGCCUGUGCAGGCCCAAAGCGUCCCAAAGUAGGCCUCGCCAGGCCCACCUCCUGCCCAGCGUAGGCCCCGAGGGGCGCGGCCCCUGCCCCAUACUGGCCUCUUUUGGGCCCUCUCUUACACCAGGCCGUCUCAGGAUUGUCUCUUCACGCCCAUCUUCUGCCUCAUAGUGGUCACUCAAGGCCUUGCUUUUGCUUCAUGAUUGCGUUUUCUGGUUUUGCUCUUGCCUUGUAUUCCCUUCUUCGGGAUACAGCUUUUACGUCUUCCAUGGUGAACCUCAUCAAGGAGACUAAAUCUUCCCUGGUCUGUCAUUUUUUUCACUUCACACCAGAGUGCCUUGGGAAAACCCCAUCUCUUCUUUUAACCUUGAGAGUGGAUUUCUGACGAAUUGAUAAUAAAUUUUUUCUCUGUGGUUUCA